AUGUCAAUCACUUACGGUUACAUUUUCUACACACUGCGAAAACGUCUUCGCGCUAUUCAACUACAGGAGAUGGCAGGAGGACAAUUUCUUGGCUUUGGUGCUGACGUCGGAAACAUAACCACAUCAGCUAUACAAUCUGUUAUUGGCAUAGCACCAAAAAAUCGAAACAUGAUCACGUGGGAGAAACCUUUGCUGCGAAAAAUAGAGGAAACUGCUGCAGAACAUGCCAGUUCGUUAAACGACAGCGAAAGAGAGCAGGCUAGUUUGCAUAAAAGUCAGGACUACAUCACAAUUGACGACGAUAGUGAUCGACCGCCAUCGGUUCUUUUGGAAGCAAUAACGUUAAGAUGCGAACAUUCUAAUCAUGGUCCGAUGUUGGAGCUUCCACGGCCAGCAUAUGCCAAGAACAUGUCGCGACGAUUUUCUGACGCUGUACAGUCCAUCUCCGCACGCGGACGUAAAACUGUCAGCUUUCGAACUUCUCGAAACCGACGCCGUUAUUCUGAGAUACCAGUUCGACCCGACGAAUGCCAGGAUUUGAACACCUUGAACAGUCUCAAACCACCAUUGAAGCGAACACUUUCUCUUCCUAUUACUACUGUAGUAAUAGCUUGUGUUCACAAGAAGCACAAUAAAGGCCGUGCAGAUGACGAAGAGAAGCGAAAAAUGAGGCGGCUUUCCGAAAUUAUCUCCGAUUGGGAUAGGCCAUCCACUACGUCACUUUCUCAUAUGUACUCUUAUGCUCGACGCGAAAGCGUCUACAUCGCCAGGAAAAAACUAGCGGGACUCAAAGAUUGGGCUCUUGAUCUACUGGCUAAGCUGAAAUCUAAGCAAGGAAUGGCGAUACGCAGAGAGGCUCGAGCCACGAAACUUGUUGCUACCGUCAUGGUCGUCUUUCUCGUCUGUUGGCUACCUUUCUUCACAUUGAACAUGAUCAAAAUCUACAAGCUUAUCUAUAACUCUUGGCCAGUGGACUUGGAGAUUUGGUUUCAUUGGUUCACGGCUCUUGGUUAUUUAAACUCUUCUCUAAACUUUUUCAUCUACUCAACUAUCAACCCCAAGUUCCGCCAUUCUUUUCGAAGAUUACUGGGUUUUCGCAGAUCACGAAGGCAAAAAGAAAAGUCAUGGAUGCUUCCACCCAAGGAGAGCAGCAACUUUUCCAGAGAUCCAGCAAAAUGUGGUUGUGGAUUCAACAAGAUUGUCAAAGUUCCGCUGCGAAGAGCCAGUUCAGUAGGACCGCUAAAUCGCAAAGUUUCCAUGCAAAAACCUGAGAUCAUUAUCGACGAAAUCUCGCCAAAUCAGUUUUCCAUUUCAGCAGGAGGAAACACGACAUUCAGGAGAUCUUCGGAUGACUGCAUUCGAAGAUCCUCAUCGGAAAUUAUUGGUGGUAUUGUGCUUCCUUCACAAUCUAGCAGCGAGAAACGAAGAGGAUCGGGAAUGUCUAACAGUUCGGCAUCAUUAACAAUCCGAGAAAGCAGAAUGACAUUCGAAGCAAUGGUGCACAACCAAGUGGAUAUGGAAAUCUUUGUUUGA